AUGGCCGUGCUGCCAUUCCUGGUGCUCGUGAGCGCUGUCGCAUCUGUCACACCUGGCAGCUGUGGCGUUUCCAAGCCCCUCUUCAAGGACAGCAGCAUCAAAGUGGAGCCCAUCGACACCCACAACUGGCUGCAGAUAGGCUUUAGUGCUGUGAUUGGAUGGGUGGGCCAUAUGGGGUUCCCAUUUAUGCCGCCUGGACAGCACGCGACGAAACACCAUGAUGGACUUCGAUGCUUGAUGCCGUACUUGAUGAACUGUACACACUGGCAGGAGCUUUCUGCUGGAAACCCGUGCCCAGAAGAAUGUCCCUUCAUUGCCCAAGUGAAACCGUUCGCCUGCGCGUUUACCUGCGUCAAUGUCACGCAGUGCCACUACACAGAUCCCAACAUGCCCUUUGCAAACCCCAGCAGUCAGCUUUGCGAGGAGAGCAGCAUCGAGGGCUGUGGAGUCCAGGAGCGUCUGAGUGAUCGCAUCCAUCAAAUGGCAUAUUCUCUUCCACGUUGGCUUUGCACUCAAGAUCUUAUUGAUCUCCUUCAGAUCAACCAUCUUUGUGAUGUGCAUCGUUGCACCGCUAUGGCAGGCAUCCAACACUUCGAGAAGUACAUUCGGCAUGAUGUGUAUACGGCUAUCAGUAUUGAAGUUCACAUUCAGCCGCCACAAUGUCAUGGUCAUUCACAAGCUGCCAGUGCUACUGAUCCCUUCAUUCAGCGCCCUGAGGAGCGUGAUGAUGUCAGCAACUUUCUUCAACUUUCGAGGAGUCAAGAGCUGCCUCCUGGAAUGCAGGUUGAAGGUGCACGUGCAUCGUCUAUGCCUGGUACCACACAUUUUGGUAGUGCAGUGAAGGUGCCUCUUGCACAUGGCAGCUCUCAUGAUGAACAGGUGCUCCCCUUGAGGCAUUGGGCUCCCCUGAAGUCCUUUGAACCCAUUGGGCCCUGCUCUUUACAACCAGUCGACAAAGUUGAUGAUGAUUACCAGCAAGCUCAACAAGAAAUGCAACAUAUUGCGCGACAACGAGAUCAUUUUCCUCGUCUUCCUCACGGACAACCGCCAUUGAUUCAGGAAUUGCAUCGGUUUCUACAGCAACAAGCUCUGAUGUGGCAGGAACAUCCCCCGGAGACCUUAGCUAUUGCUGUUUGGUAUGCUGAUCAUGACCGUCGACCUCAUAGUGGACUAAGCCGUGAAGUUCGACUGACAGGAGACGUUGCUCAAUGGUAUCAUGAUAUUAUCAUGGUUUGGGACGAUUGGAUUGAUCCAUUUGCCUCGCUGAUUGAGGUCAUCGUGCAUCCUACGCCCCUCGAUGGACAAGCUGAUGUAUUUGCCCAUUUGAUUUUGGUGCAACAUGCUCAACCUAUUCGCUGCUCCAUCGUGGUCGCCAUUUUCGAUUCUCAUGAUGAUCCAUGGCAUCCGCGAUUGCUUUGUCUCACAGUCCCUUGCUUCUUGUCUCAUGACAUUCUUUGUGGCUAUGUGGAUUUGGAUGGUACCUGUAGAGGCGCUCGUGCGGCUGACUGUCGUACUCUUCUUGGAGACCGUGAUCUCACUCAUGUACUUCAAUUUGAGGCAGCGCAUGGCAUGCAUUUGGCCUUUCAUAUUCAUCAUCCUGCCACUACCCUGUCGGGUGCGAUUGCAAUGGAUUCUCUCUCCCAUGCAGCAGUUGAGGAUACACAUGAUGACUUCAGUCUGCUCCAACAGGUGAAUACUAAAAAGACCAUCAAGCUGGCUGAAUGUAUUCCACCAUCGAGAUUCACGCUGGUUGAUUGUCAGCGUGUUCUUUUUCUUCGAGCACAGUUUGAUUUGGAGCAGCCUUUUCAGUCGGACACUGAUAUGCAUCAGGUUUGGUGGCAUGAGUCUACAUGGUACUCUUUGGCCUCUGUUCCUAUGUGGCAGCACGAGCGUGUCACGGGCUUGUCCUUCUACACAGAUGGAUCUGCUUGGCGAUCUUCAGGUAAGGCUGCAGCCGGUGUAUUUCUUCUUGUUCACACGGAAGACGGCCUCAGAUGUGGCGGGUUUCUUACUACCCAAUGCCUUGGGCAACCUACAGCACCACGGGCUGAGGCCACGGCCUUGAUUUUAGCUGCAUUGUGGAUGCGUCAACUGGUUCGUUGUCAUGCUGCUGAUGUAUCAUGGUUGGAGAUUGCAUUUGAUUGUGAACACACAGCCAACAUCGCCCAAGGACUCCAGAUGGCGCAUUGCAAUUCUGACCUCUCCGUGACCUUGAGAUCACUCAUUCAAUGGAUCGACAUCUUAUUGCCGACGCCAAUCACUUGGACUCACCAUCGCAGUCAUCAAGGUGAUCCAUGGAAUGAAGCGGCGGAUUCCAUUUGCCGCCAUGCGCUUCAGUAUGAUGCGUAUACCAUUGAUCUUGCUGCCUGGUUUGAUACAUGUACCUUUCAAGGACAAGAUCUUUGCUCCAUUCAAUGGUUAUGGCUUCUGGAGAAAUCAUUGCGUCAUCAUGCGGACGCUCCUUCCUUGGUUGGCACGCAAUGGCAAUUUGACGUUGCAGCUCCCUUCUCGACAUCACCAUCUGCUUGUCGUCACCCAGCGGUCCUGCGACGUUGCCACAUUGAUGAUUCAGGUCCUGAUCACUUUGUCCUUCCAUUGAAUGUUGCGACUGCUAAUGUCCUCACGCUCUUUCCUGGUCAAGAUUUUGCUGCGUCCUUUUUCAGUGCAAGAGCUAAAUGUCUGGCUGCACAAUUUCUUCAAAAAGGGCUGCACGUGGUUGGCAUUCAGGAGACCAGAUCGAGGGCUACUGGACAUUCCUUCUUUGAGGAGUUUCAUGUGCUUUCAGGGCCUGCGACGAAGCGAGGGCAUGGCGGAGUUCAGCUUUGGAUACGGAAGAAGAUCUCCAUUGACUCGGAUUGCAUUGAGGUGAGUGCCUCUGACUUACGUAUUCUUCAUGGUACUUCCCAACGAUUGGUGGUUCGGUGGGCUUACCCAGGUUGUCGGCUUCUCUUUGUUGUCGUUCAUGCUCCUACAGAGGAUGAUGAGGACGUCCUGCAGGCCUUCUGGGAUGCCACUACCGAAGCCAUCCCACUGGCAUAUCGACAAUGGCAAACCAUAGUUUUGGCAGAUGCAAACAGCCGUCUUGGCAGCAACACAUCUUCAGCAGUUGGCGAUCAUCAGGCUGAUGAUGAGAAUGCCAAAGGAGCCUGCUUUCAUGGUUGGCUUCUCAACCACAACUUGUUUGUUCCUCAAACCUUUGCCACUUGCCACAAAGGCUCCGGAGGAACAUGGACCCACCCGAAGGGCACCACGGCGCGCAUUGACUUCAUUGCCAUAUCCUCCAGCGUACAGAUCGACCAGGUGACCACUUGGGUCAGUUCGGAUGUGGACCUGGCACUUCAUCGCAAAGAUCAUGAAUGCGUUUGUGCUGCUAUUGGGCUACAAUAUUAUCCUGCUGAUCGACGUCCCCGCGACAAGCGUGUAAGGGUGGAUUUUGACCUUUCCUUUGAUACUGUUUGGUCUAUGGAUGUGCACACCCACGCUGCUCAGCUUCAGCAUUGGAUUCGACAACACAAUCCUACCACACGCCAUUGGCGCAAACGUCAUCUGACUGAGAGCACCCGGCAACUUGUCGAAGCCAAGCGGUAUCAUUGGAAACGAUGCAUGGAGGUUCGUCGUCAUGUCCGUUUUGGCUGGAUGAGACUCAUCUUUGAGGUAUGGAGACGACCGCAGAUUUUGUGCUCUUCCCUCUCUGCAUGGGUCAAACAAUGUGAUCACACUGAGGCAUGGCACAGAUGGGCGUUUAACGACCUCGCCCCUCGUGUAGUGCAAGCCGUCCGAGCUGACGACCAAGACUUUUAUGACAAGUUAGCGGCGGACACAGGGAUUGAAUCCUCGAAGGGUUGUCGUCAGAUGUGGAGGGCUGUCCAACACGCACUUCCUAAGUGGAGGUCCAAGAGGCGCUCCAAUCUUAGGUGCGCAGGCCCCUCCUUGGAGGCACAAUUUCAACAUUACGAUGCAUUGGAAGCUGGCCAUGGUGUCACAUACGAAAGCCUACUGGCCCAGUGCCAUGAGGCGCAACGGGAAGAUGCUGAAGAUAUUCCUUUGACAAUGUCCUUGAACAGCCUGCCAUCCCGGCUGCACAUUGAGUCUUUGGGAUGUCGCAUUUCCACCAACAAAGCCCCCGGCAUUGAUCGUGUCGCACCGCUGGCUCUUCAACAGGUGUGUCAGACCCAUUCAGAUGUUUUACAUCAAUUUUUGAUGAAGGUGUGGAUUCUUGGUGCGGAACCUUUGCAAGGCAAGGGAGGAUUGCUUCACCCCAUUGCGAAAAAGGAGGCCAGUCAGCGCAUUGAUGGGAUGAGAGGAAUCAUGUUGAUUGACGGCAUUGGCAAGUUGAUCCACUCGCACCUUCGUGGACAAUUCUUACCAGCCCUCGAAGUCAUGCGCAUGCCGCUUCAGCUUGGGGGAUUUGCACGUAGCUCCACCCUCUUUGCCACUAUGUAUGUGCGCACCUUUACCCAGAUGGCCGCUAGGAGAUCACUAUCCUCGGCUAUUCUUUUCGUGGAUAUCAAGAGUGCCUUCCACUCCAUGGUCCGCCAGCUGAUUUUUGGUGGAGCUCCUUUGCGCCCGAAGUUGACACAGAUCCUUGAGCAACAUGGCCUGGAUUUGAUUGCACUUCAGUCAAAGUCGACCACCCUCCACCCAUUGACACUUUAUGUGGCCUUCAAUAGCCUCAUGGCGCUUGUCCUUCAGGAACUCCAAAUCCGAUUGGAUCAGCAUGGGCCACUUCAGGAUGCCUUUCAAUUGCUUGGGCUCCGGGCAUCUCCAGUGGCAUGGGUGGAUGAUCUGGCAGUGCCGGUUGUUGCCUCACAUGCGUCAGCGCUUACACCCAUUAUCCAAUGGACAUUGCAAGCGUUGAUUGAUGUGUGCUCGUCGUUUGGACUCCAGCUGAACUUGCAGCCGCGCAAAACUGAAGUCGUGCUCACAUUCCGGGGCGCUGAUGCUCCUGCUCACCGGCAGGAAUGCCUUCGUGAUCAUUUUGCCAGAAUCUCAAUUCCUCACACAGAGCAGAUGGUUCGUUGCGUGCCUCUUUAUGAGCAUCUUGGCACUAUGUUUCAAGGUGAUGGUGGUAUCGAGGCUGAACUUCGACAUCGAACUCAUAAAGCCCGCCUUGCGCACAAUCAGAUCCGGCGUGGGAUUUUGUGCAACCGUCAUAUCACGGUGAACGUUCGUUUGCGCUUGAUGGAGGCACUUAUUAUGCCCAUCCUGUUUCAUGGUGCUGGAAAUUGGCCACUUCUUGGCGCUUUACAGGUUCAACGGCUCCAUGGUGUUUAUCUCAAAUGGAUCCGAUCCGUGCUGGGGAAUGGAUAUUGGGCGCCUGGGCAGCUGACCGAUGUGCAAAUUCUUCUGCAGUGGCGGCUACCUUCAAUUUCACUACGCUUGGCCAAACAUAGGCUCUUGUUUGCCUUCCAUCUCUUUGCUGAUGCACCGCACUUGGUUGUCGAGGUGGCUACAGCGGUUGCGGACACUCCUCGAUCUUGGUUUCAGGCUCUUCGACAAGCAAUGGCGUGGGCUGUUUCAGUUGAUGCAUCCUUUGUCGUUGAUGACCCGUUGACCAUGUCCGUCGAUGCUAUUGUGCAAUGGUUUCAUGAUCAUAAACACGAUGGUCCUCGUUGGGUUCGACGUCUCUUUCGGCGUGCUCUUCUCCAAGGAUCCGUCAUUGGUGAGGCUCUUGCAGGACAUCAUGCAUUACGACAACAGUUUGAAUAUGGUGGUGCUUCCUUUGCCAAUGACAUGGUGCUGCGCCCCUCCGUUGAUAAGUCAUUCGAAUGUCAAUGGUGUGCCAAAACUUUUGCAACACCACGACAAUGGCAAGCCCACUUAUGGAGUGCGCAUGGUGAACCAAGCGAUGAACGCCGUUACAUGACCACCACGACCUGCCCAGCAUGUUGGACGUGUUGUUGGACAAGCAAUCGGCUUCAAAUCCAUCUUCACCAUAGUCGUCGGCAUCCUGGUGGUUGUUACGAACGUCUUACUUGGAUGCACGAACCUCUUGAGCACAUCAUGCCCAUCGACGAAAUGGAUAGAGAUGAGCGCCAUCUACGUUUUCCUGCUGCGGUUAUUCCUCACGUGUUGACGGAGUCGGAAACACAUUGCUGCACUCGUGAGGAUGCAAAUCGCAGAUGGGAACAGGCAUGCAGGGUUGAAAAUUUUUAUCCCCCUGUUAAUGAUGAAAGGGUUGAGGAUUUUAAGAUGGCGUUUGAUGCAGUGCUUCGCGACCCUUCCUUGCACAGCGCUCACGAUCCUGACGGAGUUCUAUGGCGCCUCUCUUGCAUUGCUGGUGAAGGUGAUGAAGAUCCGUUGACUGGGGGUCAUGGUUCGUGGGCUCUUGCGCUUUGGCUCAUGGAUGAUGUGCGAUUUUCUCGUUUCUCACAGAUGGAUGUCCUUUUCUUUGGGCGAUGCCUCCGGGCCAUUCGACAGAUGGUGCAGCACUCACCGAUUGGACGACUGGCAUGCUGGCAACGGCGUAUGAAUGAUGCUCUUUUGCCAGUACGAGAAGAGGACCCCGUGGUGGAGGCUGAGCCGAGCAGCAUCGUGAUGGAGCUUAUUCUUGAUCCGGUCCGUGCUCAACAUGCCUUGCUACAGCCUUUGCUCCAACCUAUGGUGCAGGUCCCAUCCUGUCGUGGCAUCCCCAUUGAUGCCGCUGGUGAGACACCCGUUCUUUGGGUACUACAUCUUUUUAGUGGUCGACGGCGCAUUGGAGACUGCCACUGGUGGUUGGAACACAUUGGUCGGCAUUUGUGGCCUGGGGUCAUCAUUCGGAUGGUGUCUCUCGACACCGCAGUGCACCCCGAGCUGGGCAACCUUGCCACUGGGCCAAACUUGGCCAGAGCCCGACGCCUUGCUGAGCGAGGCCUCAUUGCAGGGGUCUUGACUGGACCCCCUUGCGAAACCUGGUCUGCGGCCAGGCAUAUCGAACUUGAUGAUGGCAAGGGUCCCAGACCUGUUAGAUCUGCCACUUUUCCAUGGAGUUUGACCUCGCGCACAGGGAAGGAGAUGGUUCAGACUUCUAUGGGUACGCAGUUGCUCACCAACUCUUGGACCAUUGAGGCUGCAGCAGUGACUCUUGGUGCGGGAGCCAUCAUGGAGCAUCCAUGGGAAGCUGACCAGGAUGAUCGAGCAUCGGUCUGGCGCACUGAUGCUCAUCAGCAAUGGCUGAUGAAGCUCCCUGGAGCCUACCGCCACUACAUCCAACAGUACCUCUUUGGCUCCAAGGGCGUGAAGCCUACCUGUCUGCGUGCACUCAAUUUGGGCGAUCCUGGCAUCAUGGACAAGGUCAUCAAGGAGGGCAUGGAGUUGUGGCGCCCACGUCCGACCUUGCAGCUUGCUGGACGAAGUGAGAGUGGAACCUUUCGCACGGCUGCUGCGAAGGAAUAUCCUUCUGCUUUGUGCCGUACAUUAGUGGUAGCACUGAUUCAGGGCCUGAAAAGCAGAGCCAGCACAGAGGGGUUUAACCCCGCAGCCACCUGUCGGAAGGCCGACUUGGUUUGGCUCCGGGACGCCUGGAGGGCUUCCGAUGUUUACACCCGUCAGUCUUUCCUUCCAGACUUUCAGGGAUAUUGGGUUUGGGUGAUCCUGGUGAUGAUGCUGAGCUGCUGUUGCUGGCAAUUCCGUUCGGCCUUGUCCAAGCAUUGGCAUUUGCUGACCUUCGCACGGAUGCACUACCACCUUUGUAAGGUUCGGAAGAAUCCCAAAGUUCACGCUGGAGCUCCCCUAUUCAGUAUUUGCGAGAACUUGCACACCAAGUUUGUGAUCGGCAUUGGCUUGCCGCUGUACUACAACUCCUUGGUAUUUCUUCUGAUUCUUACGGUCUUGCUGUUUUUCUCCACGCACCUCGCCCUGGACUCGGAUUCCCAAUCUUUGUUCAACUACUCGGGCGUCUCUUCCAACAUGGUGCAGGUUCUGAAUGUGCCCAUUUAUCCCAGUGCCGAAGGUGUAUCAGAUGCAUCGAUUUGCAGCUGGGCCAUGGAGGACAAGGACCAGACGCGGUUCAACGUGGACACCACCUCCAAGAGCUUCAUGCAUCGCUUGUCCAGGACAGCUCUUUUCUUGUGGUUGGCAUCGCUGGCUAUCAUGUUGGUGCACGCCUGGUUUCAGCUUAAACAUGCCAGGUGGUUUGAGUCACAACAUUUAACAAUGAAGGACUUUGCGCUGGUCUUGUCUGGUCUACCUCCACAUGUUACAGAUGAGAAGAUGUUGGCAGAGUGCAUCUCCCGCCAGAUCGGUGAGGACAUUCGUGCAGUGUCGAUCGGCUACGACGUCACUUCUUGCUGGAACGAGGUGGAGACACUUUUGGAUCGACAUUUGGCUUAUUGCGACGCUCAGUUCUGCGGCCACCCUGAUGUUGGGUUGCGUCCCUGGCCGCAGGGUGGGAGCCGGGACUCGGAGAUGCUGGGUCCGCUGGCGCUGCAGCGCAACAUGGAGCAGGACCGGAAGUGGGUCCAAGACUGGUUCAGGCCUGGAUCAUCCAGAGAGAUUCAGGGCUCAGGCUUUGCCUGGGCAGUCUUCAGCAGUCACCGGGACCGCGACGAAGCACUUCACAAAAUGCUGGCACUGGAAAAGGAUCGACGAGGCAUCCACUGGUGCGACGCUGACGGCACAUGCCACCCGUUGGAUUUCGGAAUUCCGCGUUGUGAGCCCACGAAUGUCCGCUGGGAUCAUCUGGGCCUGGGGUUAUGCUCCCGCCGGUGUCGCUUCCUGGGA